CGCAAGACCGCGAUGGCCGACGCCCGCGCGCUUUGGGCCGCGGUUUCAGAACUGGCCCAUUUGAACCGAACGGUUACGAAGCCCGGUUCAUUAGCCGUUGGAUUUAUUUUAUUGCAUACAAAGAGCGAGGUAGAUUGCGCGCCGGCUUGGAUUGCCAUCGCCGCGGCGCGGGCCGUUUGAACGCUUGAAAAUUCGAAUCGACCGGCGAGGUGGCGAAGUCGGUCAUUUCCCGAUUGGCCCACCACCGACCAUGCUCGUCAUCUGCUUCGAAGGCUGCCACGGUAGCGGCAAGACGUCGCUCUGCAAGGAAGUGAGCAACAUGGGCUUCCGCGUCCUCGACGAAAACUUCCUCGACAUGCCUGCGCAUUCGCUGCAUCCGCAGUCGCUCUUUAUGGAGACCAAGUGGGUCUGCGCCUGGUUUGACCGCGUCUUGACGCUGGCGCGCCACGACCGCAAUAAGAACCAGGUCUUCUUCGCCGACCGCUCGCCAUUCAGCGCUGUCUUUUACGCGACGCAUGGCCACCUCCUCGACCAAGUCAUCCGUGCGCAAAUGAAGGAGGUUGCCGACUUUGCCAACGUUCAGUUCCUUACCGUGCAUGUGAACGUCGAGAAGGAGCUUCUCUGGAGCCGCAUCCAGCACCGCCUCCAGCUCGAGCCCGAACGCGUGCGCUACGCCGAGCACAAGCGCUCCAAGAUGGAGGACUGCCUCGCGUUCUACAACUCGUUCCCGUGGGACAUGCAAGUGCACAACGACGCGACUUCGCUCCAGCACUUUGCGCAGAACGUCAUUACGAUGCUGCUCCAAAAGCUGCCUACCAUGCAACUCGCUGUCCAGGCAAUGGCGGCGGAAAAAGAUUGCUCGAUGGGUGUUGAAUUCGACCAAACCGACAGCGACUGCGAAAGCGAGAUGACUGUCUCGUGCUACGACGACACGCCCAUCAAGGAGCGUCUCGCGUCGGUCGCCGACGUGGCGCCGAUUCGUUUCAACCUCGACAUGGAGUGAAUCUUUGUGUAAAGUCCCGUCCGCGGUCGCGUUAGAAGUAGUAGGUUCUUAAUUAUAUAUGGCCCUUUCAAAGCCCUUUUUGCAUCUAUU